AUGCGGAUAAUCAUAAUGCCUCGAGAGCAAAAGUUAUCUUCCCAACUUCCUCUUCUGGUUGUAGCCGGUGCAGGCGCAUGCACUCUUCUGUAUCUUGGCUAUAAAUACUACUCGUCCAAAUCGCCAGCAACGCCACGAAGACAAUUGGUCGAAGAAGCAGAUGACACUGAGAUCAUACCCACACUGGCACCAGUUAACAGACAAAAAAAAAAAAAUUUAAGUCCAAGACCACCGAACUCCACCAUUCGUCAUGAUGUUACCGCACCUCUGACACCAUCUAAUGAACAUGAGGUCGAAGAAAAAGAUUAUAAUUCUUUAUGGAAUUAUGUUACAUUAAAAAAUGACUAUUAUAUUCUAAGACAUGGAGAAUCAGAAGCUCAGUUAGAACAUCUCAUCACAUCUAAUCCGCUACAAUGUGUUAAUACAUAUGGUCUUACGGAAAAAGGUAAACAACAAGUUCUUCACUCAAUUGACCAAUUCAAACCUUCACUUCUCACUGUCGAUCGAUCAAUUCAUAUUUAUACAAGCGAUUUUUUGCGUGCUCAACAAACAGCUAAAAUAGUUUGUAAUCAAUUAAAUAUACCUGAAGAUGAGCUUAAUAUUUGUGAAGAAUUACGUGAACGUGCAUUUGGUAUCUACAACGGAAAAUCAAUGGAUAAUUAUGAAAAAAUAUGGACGUUGGAUGCAACGAAUGAUCAUGAACAUUUACUGAAUAAAACUCAAGUUGAAUCAACAAGAGAUGUUAUCAGACGAACAACAAAAUUAAUUGCAAAUUUAGAAAAACUUUAUUCAAAUGAUAUUAUUCUAUUGGUAUCACAUGGCGAUACACUUCAAAUAUUACAAACAGCUUUCGAAAAGAACGUUAAAUCUAUCGAACAUAGACAAGCAAUCAAACAUUUAGAAACUGGUGAAAUAAGACAUCUCAAAUACAAAGAUACAACGGUUAAAAUUUGA